AAGCUCAACCAGUCGGCACCGUCAGUGCGAUGCGAACAGCGAAUCAAUUUAGUUCCACUUGGCGUUAGUCCGACUUCAAACUGUGAAUAUAAAUAUUAUCUCAUCGCGAAAAAUAAACAGAGAGAGAGCAGUCACACCCAAGUGUCCACUAUAGAUAACAAGGUACUAAAAUGAGUUUAGACAGUCUGAUUAUUGACACCAAAUAUGGACCAGUGAGGGGAACGAAGAAACAAUCCCUACUGGGGCAGGAAUAUGUGAGCUUCCAGGGAAUACCGUACGCCCGGCCUCCGAUCGGGGCACUCAGAUUCAAGGCACCCGUACCACCGGUCAACUGGACAGAACCGCUGGAUUGCACGCAGCAAUGCCUCCCAACUUACCACUACGACCGCCGCGUCAAGGAAAUAGUUGGAAGUGAAGGCAGUUUGAAAGUGAAUGUUUUCACGAAAAAUAUUGACCGCUCCAAGCCCCUUCCGGUCAUGGUGUACAUUUACGGUGGAGGUUUCACCGAAGGAACUAGUGGAACCGAGUUGUACGGACCUGACUUUCUCUUACAGAAAGACAUAAUAUUAGUGUCUUUCAACUACCGCACCGGAGCAUUGGGUUUCCUCUGUUGUCAGUCCCCCGAGGAUCAGGUGCCGGGAAAUGCCGGCCUCAAGGAUCAAAACUUGGCACUCAGAUGGGUGGUCGAAAACAUAGCCGCCUUUGGAGGUGAUCCAGGCAGAAUCACUCUUUUUGGUCACAGUGCCGGUGCUUGUUCAGUGCAGUACCACAUGAUUUCGCCAGCGUCUGAAAAUUUGUUUCAGCGGGCUAUCAUUAUGUCCGGUAGUACCUUUAGUGACUGGGUAUUAUCACCUCAACGGAACUGGCCGGAAAAAUUGGCCAAAGCUAUCGGAUGGGAUGAGCAGGGUAGCGAAUCAGAGGCCCUGGCGUUUUUGCGCACCGUUGAACCAGAAGCUAUUAUUAACACCCAGGAAACGCUUUUUGGUCCACAAGAUAUUCAAGACGGACUUUUCACCGCUUUUGGUCCUACAAUUGAGCCUUAUGCUUCAGCACAAUGUAUUAUUGCUAAGAAUCCUAUGGAAAUGGCCAAAGAAGCUUGGGGUAACAAUAUUGACAUAAUGAUCGGAGGAACUUCAGAAGAAGGUCUGCUGACACUACAAAAGAUCAUUCCACAACCCAAGGUGCUGCAAGAUCCUCAGCUGUUCCUCGGAAUGGUUCCUGCUGGUUUGAACAUUACAAUGGAACAGAGAAUGGAAUUUGCCUCGAAGUUGAAGCAGCAAUAUUACCCGAACAGUGAUCCUUCAUAUGACAACAAAGACGGAUACAUCGAUAUGAUGACCGACAAAGUGUUCUGGCAUGGCAUGCAUCGUACAAUUCUAGCACGGGCUAGCUAUGGUUUACCCACCCGGACGUUCGUCUACCGUUUCUGUGUUGAUUCGGAAUUCUUCAACCACUACCGAAUCAAAAUGAUCGAUGAUCCGAAACUGCGUGGAACUUCGCACGCCGACGAGAUUUCCUAUCUAUUCUCCAACUUCACCGAAGAAGUUCCUGCACGGGAUACCUUCGAAUACAGGGCACUUCAACCGAUGGUAGAUGUUUUCACCGCAUUCGCCAUCAAGGGGGACCCUAACUGCGAGCGAACGGUUUCCUGGGAACCGGUGAAGCAAACGAAACCAACAUUCAAGUGCCUAAACAUUACAAACGAUGGAAUUGCUUUUAUCGAUUUCCCGGAUGCGACUAGGAUGGAUUUAUGGGACUCGUUCUAUGUGAAUGAUGCACUUUUUUAACGUGCUAGUGAUAAGUGGAAGUUAUUGAAAUUCGCGUAAUAUUUUUGAUCAGUGUUUAUUGUUAUAAGUAAUUCUAUAUCAAAUAUCGUGUUUACUAAAUAAAACUAUGAUUAAUUUGUAUCAACAAUACAUCUGUUUAUAAACGGAAAUUAAUUAAAUGUUUGUGUUGAAAAGCUUCUUCGAGGUUGUUAAACCUUCAAAGUUUUCGAAAUUUUAUGAGCUUGACCGUUAGAAAAGUUUUUGAACAUUUAUUUCACUUUAAAAGUGCACUUUGUAUUUGCAUUCCUUGGCUUCAUUGUCAUAUUUUAAAAGAAAUUAUAAAAAGCAUCCGUUAGACUAAUUUUGUUUGUGAACUUUCACUAAUUUAUUAAACUUACAUUAAAUUUAGGCAUUUUCGAAAAAUCUACGAUUUUCGUCUAAAACCACCCCCCCCCCCUCCCAAUUCUGGCUACGCCACCGGUAAAGUUCCUGGCAAUUAAAAUGAUAGAGCAUUGUCACAGAGAAGAUUCGUGUUUCAAUCCAAGGAUUUUCACAAAGAGGCAUAUUAUAAUGACAAUUGGAAAGAUAACAAGACAUUUGAAGAUUACCAGACGUUCUCGGUACAUUCAGUUUUUUUUAAUGCAAAUUUACUAUAUAAAAAUAUUUCGGAUAAAAACUACAAGGGACAGCCCUAUGGGGUUGUACGAAUUGUGGACGUAGGACUGCAAUACGUAAAAUAUUUAAUUUCUUAUUCCAUUUGGAUUAAUAAUAAUUAAUCAAACAUUUCUUUCUACAGUUCACUUCAUGAAUCGAACCGUCUUACUCAUCAGGUCAUUUUAUUUACAAUGGGCGAUCGAAUCCGAUUAAAGAAAGCCGAUAGAAAACUGUGAUGGAAAACCGAACUAAUAUCUGGAACUGCUUGAAAAUUUAAAAAAAAUCUAUUGUGUGCGGUAAACAACCAGACCGAUGCUUAAAAAAAAUCAUGUUUUAGACAAUACAGUCACAGUUCUUGUAUAGGACUAGCUUUAUAGUUUUAUUUUGCUGUUAUUGUAAUUUUCCUCAAGUACACAUAAAUGUAGCGAAUGCAGUGGUCUUAAUCAUAUAUCGAAGCAAAACAUAUACAAGAAUCGAAAAUAGUUUUAUGGAUGGACUUAGAUGCAUUUUUUGAAGCGAUUUUUUGAGUAACAGUGCAUCCAUUCAUAAAUAGGCUUUGUAGUACCUAUGUAUUGGUAGAAUCAAAGUGGGAUAGGUUGAGUGGAAAUGAAUCCCGUGGAAUCAAUAAA